AUGCACGUGGGUAUAAUAUACGGACAUGUUCGCACAUUCGAAAUAUACGCGGUUAACGGUAACAGAGAUGUUCUACCAAACAGGGCAGUGGUCUUGCUUCCAAGCUUGCAAGUCUCGUCCGCGAGCGAAGAGAACUGCUACUUGGGUCACGGGCGAUUGAACGCGACAAUCGACAAGUGUGAUUUCAUCGAAAACGAUCACCUGCUCGUUUGCUUUCACAGCCUCGACGACAAGUGGAAAUCCGGGGGCGAGGCCGUGCGUACUUUGGUCCUCUGUCACUGGUCCCUGGAGACGUUCAAUCCGGAAAUCACGUUGCACGGGUUUUCUUCGUUGCGGAAAUUGGCUAUCGUGAACAGCAGCUUGACUAUGCUCGCGUCGACAUUUCCAUCGGAAACACGACUGAUAGAGAAUAUCAAAAUGACCGGGACCAAGCUACGAGAACUCCCCGAGCACGUUUUCUCCAACCUGUCGAGCUUGAAAACGCUCGAUCUAAGGAACAACAGUAUCCAAGAGGUGAACGUUAAAACGCUCGAUCUUCCUUCCUUACGUGACGUGUAUCUUUCCGGUAAUCCGUUGAAGUGCACCGAAAGAACAAAGUGGAUACUCGACCAGACGAAGGGUUCACCGAGUCGCAAGAUCGCCGACAAAGAGAAUCUUCGUUGUUCGGCCCCUUAUGAAGGCAGACCGUUGGUCCAAGUCGUGGAAAUAAUCAAAACACUGAAGGAAGAGUGCAAGAGGACGGUGUGCGUGUGCGAGUUGGUGUACGUUGUCGGUCAAGGCGGGAAACACAUUCAGAGGCAACUGAUGGCCUUUGUUUCGGUGAACUGCAGCGAUCGAGGAUUGACGGAGAUGCCUGGUUUUCUACCGGCGAAUACAACCACCCUUCGUUUGACUGAAAACAAGAUACACGAUCUGACGCCACUCACGACGAAUCCUGCAUAUAGAGGAGUGAUAGACCUCUAUCUGGACAAUAAUCAGAUCGAGACGAUCGUUCAGCUGGAGGGAUCGAGUUGGGUGGACCGUUUCCGGUUACUCAGUCUUCGCGGGAAUAGGCUGACCGAUCUGCCCACGUACGCUCUGGAGAACGCGUUACAGCACAAUGGAAAUGCGGUGAGCCUGUAUCUCGGUAACAAUCCAUGGCGAUGCGAUUGUCUUUUCACGCCCAGCUUUCAGGAACUCCUGAUCAGAUACACGAGUCUCGUGAAGGACGUGAACGACAUUAGGUGUUUACCGAUAUACGGAAACGACAACUCUGAUAAAAUUAUAAGAGACUUGACGCGCACAGAGAUCUGCACGUCACCGGACGAGGACCCACUGGUGCAUCCUCUGGACGUUCUGAAUAUCAUAUUAGCUCUUCUGAUAUUCCUGAUCAUUGGCAAGCUACUCUAUGAUUACUGGUCCUUCAAGAAAACCGGAAAACUACCUUGGAUAGUCGCGAAGAUCCCAUAG